ACCGAACAGCGGGGCGGGGGCGGGACGCCGGCCUCCUCCCGCCAGCCACCUCCCGUCCACCCGCUGCCGCCACCGUAUCCGUAAACCCCAUCCCCUUCUCCCCUACGCCGCGCGCGGAGCUCCCCUGCAUGCUCCCGCCCCGCGCCUCGCUCACGAGCUCGUAGCCCGUCGCCUCCCGCGCCCAGCGGCCCACCCGCGCCGCCGCCGCCGCCGAUGGAGGCCACCGGGCGCGGGCUGUUCCCGAACAAGCCCACCCUCCCGGCGGGGCCCAGGAAGCGCGGCCCGCUGCUCCCGUCCGCUCCCCCGCCGCCGUCGCCCUCCUCGCUCCCGCUCGACUCGCUGCUGCUCCACCUCACCGCGGCGCCGGCCCCCGCGCCCGCGCCACCGCGGCGGCCGCACCCGACCCCGACCCCGACGCACUCCUUCCUCUCCCCGGCCGCGCAGGCGCUCGUGCUCGCCAUCUCCUCGCACCCGCUCCCCACGCUCCAGGGCUUCCUCGCCUCCCGCCGCGACGAGCUCCUCCGCGCGGACAUCCCGUCCCUGCUCAAGGCGCUCGAGCUCUCGGGCCACUGGGAGUGGGCGCUCGCGCUCCUCCGGUGGGCCGGCGCCGAGGGCGCCGCCGACGCGGCCGCGCUCGAGAUGGUCGUCCGCGCGCUGGGCCGAGAGGGCCAGCACGACGCCGUCUGCGACCUGCUCGACGAAAUGCCGCUCCCGCCGGGGUCCCGCCUCGACGUCCGCGCCUACACCACCGUGCUGCACGCGCUCUCCCGGGCGGGGCGGUACGAGCGCGCGCUCCAGCUCUUCGCCGAGCUGCGGCGCCAGGGGGUGGCGCCCACGCUCGUCACCUACAACGUCGUGCUCGACGUGUACGGCCGGAUGGGCCGCUCGUGGCCGCAGAUCGUCGCGCUGCUGGAGGAGAUGCGCGCCGCGGGGGUCGAACCCGACGGCUUCACCGCCAGCACGGUGAUCGCCGCGUGCUGCCGGGACGGCCUCGUGGACGAGGCAUUGGCAUUCUUCGAGGACCUCAAGGCCCGUGGUCACACCCCGUGCGUCGUCACGUACAAUGCGCUGCUGCAGGUGUUUGGCAAGGCUGGAAACUACACGGAGGCGCUGCGUGUGCUCAAGGAGAUGGAGCAGAACGGGUGUCAGCCGGAUGCUGUGACAUACAAUGAGCUCGCCGGAACAUAUGCCAGGGCUGGGUUCUACGAGGAGGCUGCCAAGUGCCUGGGUACAAUGACCGGCAAGGGUUUAUUGCCAAACACCUUCACAUAUAACACCGUGAUGACAGCGUAUGGGAAUGUUGGGAAGGUGGAUGAGGCACUUGCUCUGUUCGACCGGAUGAAGAAGAGCGGGUAUGUUCCAAAUGUGAACACAUACAAUCUUAUCCUUGGCAUGCUUGGCAAGAAAUCAAGGUUCACCGUGAUGCUAGAGAUGCUUGGCGAGAUGUCAAGGAGUGGAUGCACGCCGAAUCGAAUCACAUGGAACACAAUGCUUGCAGUCUGUGGGAAGCGUGGCAUGGAGGACUAUGUUACCCGGGUUCUGGAGGGGAUGAAGUCUUGUGGGGUUGAGCUGAGCCGAGACACCUACAACACGCUGAUAGCUGCAUAUGGGCGGUGUGGCUCAAGGACUAAUGCUUUCAAGAUGUACAAUGAAAUGACCAGUGCUGGCUUCGCCCCCUGCCUCACCACAUACAAUGCAUUGCUGAAUGUGCUGUCACGACAAGGUGAUUGGUCCACCGCGCAGUCAAUUGUUAGCAAAUUGAGGACCAAGGGAUUCAAGCCAAACGAACAGUCGUAUUCGCUGUUGCUCCAAUGUUAUGCAAAGGGCGGUAACAUUGCAGGGAUAGAUGCUAUCGAAAAGGAAGUUUAUGGAGGUACAGUUUUCCCAAGCUGGGUUAUAUUGAGGACCCUCGUGAUCGCCAAUUUCAAGUGCCGCCGACUGGAGGGAAUUGAGAGGGCAUUUCGAGAGGUAAAAGCCCGGGGUUACAAACCUGAUCUCGUCAUAUUCAACUCCAUGCUCUCAAUGUAUGCAAAGAACGGUAUGUACAGCAAGGCCACCGAGAUAUUCGAUUUGAUCAAGCAGAGCGGGCUGAGCCCCGACCUCAUCACUUACAACAGCUUGAUGGACAUGUAUGCGAAGUGCAGUGAAUCAUGGGAGGCCGAGAAGAUACUGAAUCAGCUCAAGAGCUCUCAGGUGAAGCCCGACGUCGUGUCCUACAACACGGUCAUAAACGGGUUCUGCAAGCAAGGGCUGAUCAGAGAAGCUCAGCGGAUCCUCUCCGAGAUGAUCGCUGACGGCAUGGCCCCCUGCGUCGUGACCUACCACACGCUGGUCGGCGGAUACGCCAGCCUGGAGAUGUUCAGCGAGGCUAGAGAGGUCAUCAGCUACAUGAUUCAGCACAACCUGAAGCCUAUGGAGCUGACCUACUGGAGAGUAGUCGACAGUUACUGCAAAGCGAAGCGGUACGAGGAGGCUCGCGACUUCCUGUCCGAAGUCUCAGAGACUGACCCGAAGUUCGACAAGAAAGCGCUGCGCACGCUCGCGGACCGUGUAGAGGAUGCGCAGUUCGGAAGGUAGGCUACCCGUGCUGAAACUGCAGCUUGCGUAUGCGUGCUCAAGUUUUGAUAGGGAAGAUUACUAUUAAUCCUGAAGAGCCUGCGUUCGUCAGAGACGGCGAUAACACCGCACCUGCAAACGGUGCUGUAUGAUUUCGAAAUACUCUCAUUGUUGUACUGGUGGUGUACAGUGUACCUAUAGCCACAUUCUGCUGUAGUACAUACUUUAGAGUACAUGAGCAUGAAGCCUGAAGGCACCUGAUGUACCAUUCAACUUUUUUCCCCCUCUCUGAAUAUAGAUUACAAGAUUGUUCUGAUCUCAA